UCGUCACGUGCGGCAUCAGUCGCGAGAUUUUCAUUUGUAAUUCAGAUUGACUCGAACGCAAAAGUGAGAGUGCUGAAACCACAUCGGUAACCACAUAAUUAACAGGUAAUCAAUAGCGCGAAAGAAAGUUCAUCACGAUGCCUGGAAAUCAGACUCGCGCUUUACGUCGUCGUUCCAUGCGACGCCAGGCUAGUCUUCGGAACAUCGCAAGCACCGAGUGUUGCAAAUUGUCUUGCCGAGCAGGCCUCCGUUCAUCUAAAGCCAUCAAAAAUGGAGCCACGCAAUUAAAAAACGACGGAACGAUUUGCACACAUAUCAAAGGACCUACUGGGCAGUCUCCCGUUGAUUUGGCACCUACUGAAGUGGUACGUAACGAGGAGUUUCCACCACUUAAAAUGACAGGACACUGGACUCCACUUGGAAGCGCUUUCAUGUACAACACGGGAAACACAGCCGAGAUUAGGAUGAGCCUCGACCGACCGCCUGCCAUUUUGUCCGGAGGACCUCUGAAGGACGAGUACGAAUUCGCACAGUUGCACUUUCACUGGGGAGCCAGUAACUGUCAUGGUGCUGAACACUCUCUCAACGGAAAAUUGUUCUCGAUGGAAGCACACGCGGUGCAUUUCAACAAAAGAUAUGAGACUUUUGAAAACUGCUUGGACAAGCGUGACGGUGUUGUUGUUGUUGGCUACUUUCUGCAAGUUGUAGGCGAUGACAGAACUGAGGAUCAUCCACAGUUCGCAAAGGUUACGGACCACCUCCAUCACGUAGUAGAGCCUAACACGAAGGCAGAACUUCCGCAUGACGCUUUAGCCUGGAUGAAGCAGGGUCGGUGUCUCUGUAGUGGGUACUACACGUAUCACGGCUCUCUGACCACACCACCCUACAACGAAUGUGUAACGUGGAUCCUGUUCCCGGACCCAAUAAGGAUCACGAAAAGACAGGCCGAGCUUUUCCGCAACAUGAAGUCCCACUCGGGAGGCUGCAUUACCGCCAACUUCCGCCCUGUUCAAGGCCUAAACGGAAGGGAAAUAUUUUUUGGAAGUUAAUCCUCGAAGCACGAUGUUCAUUUACAUUUAAAACCUUUGUAUUUAUUUAUGACUAGCAAAUAGCCAUAUAUGUAUCCUCAGUAUUCUACCAAGUAGAGUUUACCGCAGUUUUUCUAUACUAUGUAUAAGCUAUAAUUAUGAAUUAUUUUAAGUUAUACCUGUUAUCGAGGGAAUGAAGUGA